UUUUUACCAACAUUCUCCCAACAGAUGAGGAGAAGGUAGCUAUCAACUUUAUGGAGUUUCCAGAAGAGACAGCGGUCAAAGAUGUGUUAGAACCACAGGAUCCCACACAGUCGAGUCCCUCUGUACGUGGUUCUGAAUUUGAUGCGUUGAAGAAGGAAGUUGCAAAUGUCCGCAAAGAUCUUAAAUCAUUUGAGAAAAAGGUCGGUGAACAGUUUGUUGACAUGAAAGACUACAUGGACAAGUCAAUUAUGAAUUUACUUAAAGAUCUAAAGUCCAUGUUUGGCAGGCAAACUGAAACUCCUGAAGCUAAGAUGUCUGGCAGUGUUAAGGAUGUUACAAAAGAACCAAAGACAAGCAACAAGAAUGAUGGACUUCAGCACAACCUAUAUUUUCAUUUUGAUGAACCGAUAGGUGAUUUUGACAUUGGUGGGCAGGAUGUAAGUGAGCAAAUAUCCAAUCACAUUGUAGUAGAUGCAUCUGCUUUGAAGAAUGGGAUUAAUGCUUCUAUUCCAGUUGGUGAGCAAGUUGGAGAUGGUGAAGCAUGUGAUAAAUAUAUAGUUGACCCAGACGAAUUGAAGAGUCAUCCUAUUGAUACUCUGAUUUCAGAACAUAAUCUAGAUGAUGUGGUUGCUGGCAUUGAUAAGUUGGGUGCUUUGGGCAAUUCUGCCACUAAGACCCCUACCCUUGAUGAUUUUGAAAUGCCUCCAUUUACCGAGUCUCAAAUAGUAGCGAUUGAAACCAAAGGUGGUGACAUCGUUACACCUGAACAACAAGCAAGAAAUAGAAAUCCUGGACCGUAUGGUAAAUCACCAUACACUGAUUUUAGUUCAGGCGGCAGCAGCACAAUCAAUUCUCCUACAUACUUUCACAUUAAACACCCAUUCACAAAUUGCAUUGGCUUUGAUGUUGACAAUGAUCUGAUCACCGAAUUUAAGGAUUGGGUGAAAUCGAAAAUGUCUACAAGACAUGGGAGGUCUGUAUUGAACACAUCAGCUAUUUUGCAGAGAAUUAUUUAUUUAACACAUGUUAUUCUACAAUUUUAAAACAUCUGUUAUUUUGCAGGGAAUCAGUGUUCUCUAAAAAGG